UAGAAAAUAUGAUUCCUUCAUCAUUUCUACAAAUUAUAUGGAAAAAAUGUGAAGAAUUCGUAGUUAAAUUUGCUAAGAGUAAUAUGAGUAUUUUACCACAAAAACUUUCGCAUAAUGGGGAAUGA